AUGGAUCCCAUAGAAAAUAAGUUUAAUAAUCUUAAAACUUUUAAGAUUUAAUUGAAUUUGCAAGACAAGAAACUUAAAUAAGAAUAUUGUAUUAAAUACAAUUUAUAAUAUUAAAGCUAUAUAUAAAAUUAUAGAGUAGUUUAUGUAGAAAAUUAAUAAUAAUAUGAUGAUGCAAUUUAUAAUCAAAAUGUGACAGAAUUUUUUUUAGAGAAUGAUAUUAUAAAUAGUGAAACCUAUUUAGAUAUUUUUAUGAAAAUAUUAUUUGCCAAUAAUUAAUGUUGCAAUUAAAAUGAAUAUCUUUGUGCGAUUUGUUCUAAUUAUGUGUAACCUGAAAAUUAUUGUUAAAUUGUAAAAGAAUGUCUUUUUGAAAUGCUGUAAAAUGAAGAGUUUUAAAAAUUGUAAUUUAUACUGUAAAUUAUAUAGAUGCUAAAAAUUAUUUUAGAAAAAAGUUUAAGAGGUUGAUUCAUUCUUAGAAUAAUUUAUUAAAAUAAAUAAAAAAAAAAAUAAUAAUAUUUCUAUCAUAAAUUAACCAAUUAGCAAAAUCAUAUAAGGUCCCUAAGAAUUAAAAUAUAUCAAUAUUACCAUACCUUCAUUAAAUCAAGAAAUUUCUUUAUUUAUAUAGUAAAACCCAUAUUCAGAUCCACCUACUUAGUAAUUACCACCUUAAUCAAUCAUCAUUCCUUAAUAAGAAAUAAAUUAAACAUAAGAAAUAAAUAAAUCCAUUAAUAAUUUUAAUUAAUCAAGUAAGAUUUAACCAUAAUCUUAAAUAUAAUAAUCAUCUAAAUUGUUUGAUUAAUAAGAAAUUAAAUCUGAAUUAGAUUUUUCAAUUUAUUAUAAGUUAAAAGAAAACCAAAAAUUAGAAUUUUACACUGAUACUUCUGCUAUAAUAUGGAUAUCCAUCAAAAAUAAUGGAAAAAAACGUUGGCCUGAUGAUGUUUAAAUUAUGCAACUUAAAAUAUUAAAAAAAAACUGUAUAUAUGUUUCAUCACUAAAACCUAAUGAAGAAAAAUCUGUAAAACUUUCAUUUCAAACAUCUGAUGUAUUUUAUUUUAUUAACAAUUUAGACUCCUGGGGAGUAAAAUUCAGAAUGGGCUCUAUUUUAUAAGGAUGAUAAUAAAAAAGAAAAAAGGAUUGGAUCUAUCUUCAGUAUUAAAUUUAAAGUUAAGGAUUAAAGUUUUGAAAAAAAGGUUUUAAAAUAUGCAGAUUACAUCAAAGCCAAAAAUAUAUGUAAUUUGAACAAAAAUGAAAUAUAAGAAGAAGUUUUAAAAAUAUUAUAGAUUUAACCAGAUUUAAAUCGCGAAUAAGUAUUAAGUUAAUUUGAAUAGUAAUAUAAAUGA